AUGGGAAGCCUGUCGGUCACCCGUCCAGCAGAGGACAUGGACGACUGUUCAUCAGAGUGCUCGCACUAUUCCCUCGCUGGUCUGGAGAACGACAGGUGGUACCGCCACAUCCUAGCGUCGCAAGUCAGGGAGCAGGCCAAGCUUGUGCCUGACCUCCCGACAGGACUUGGACUAGCAAAGUACCCUCGCCAGUUCCACAACAGAGAGGCUCUACCGCUUCAGCAGGCCGGACCUUGGAAGGAGUACCCUUUCUACUUGAACAAGCGUUAUGUGCACGGUGCACCAGGACCUGUGCGCAUCAUAGUGAAUUCGAAUGAUGACCAUGAUGUGAUUUAUCACCCGACCAAGGACAACAAGAUGGCUAUACUGGCUACGUAUCGACCCAGGGGAUACGCAAAGGGCGUUCUACCAAAGCCUUUGCCUGUCAGCUCACCUUCGAGUCCUUCGUCUUCUCCGGUACCUUUCACGUACUCGCCAGUAUCUUUCUCACCUCCACCUUCUACCAGCGAUGGAUUUUACCAGCAGUAUUAUCCUCCUGCAGUCAGCUACAUGCCAGAUUAUUAUCAGCCGGUUCAAUCAUCAUACUACCAGCCGAGUCAACCUAUGGAUCCCACUUGGAAUUACCCAAUGGGCUAUGCCACUGGAUUUCAGCAAAUGCACCAGUAUUUAUAUUGA